AUGAACCACCAAAUACAAACACAACCACAACCGCCACCGCCACCGCCAUCUUCACCACCACCACCACGCCAGGCACAGCGGAGCGAGCGAUGGGGUCCCGAAAUAUAUGUCCACCUGGAGUUUCGGGUCUCCUGGGGCAGGAAACAGCAGUCGCCAAAGAGUCACCAGGUCACUUACAGGUCCCGCGGCACACGGGAGAGGUCAACCGUGUUCCCACGCCAGGUCCCGGCACCCAACACCAACUACCUUGCUGCCAUUCAUACGUUUGAUCAGAGGCAAACAAGGCUGCGCGAGAUGCGACAACGGUAUGCCAACACCAGGAAUCACCAAAUGCAGGAGUACUACCAGGGAUACCCAGCACAACAAGGUGCUCAUCUCCAGUUACCAGUGGUCCGGGAGCCGGACCGACCAACGAGGGCUGACGCCCGCCCAUCUUCACACGAGCGAGGGCGCUCAGCCCCGCCUCCAAUCGGUGAGAAUCCCUGGGACGUCAGUGUGCCUCCGUUCCAGACCCGGCAUUCCGACAUGGCGACGCUCAACCGGCCCGCCAUGGAGAUCAAGCGGAAGCCCCUGCCCGCACCACCAUCCCAGUUCCGCCUAGGCGAGGGACGACAUCCGUGGUCAACUUGGUCCCUACCCGACGGCUUCGAUCCAGACGCCCUUCCCCAAGACGACGACGACAACAACGAAAAUAACAACAACAACAACAACAACGACGAUGACGACGAUGACGACGAAUACGAAGACAUGCUCGUCCACUCAGCAGCAUCGCCAGGCGGCGGCAACAGAAACUCCGCCACCUACGCCACCAACCCAACCAUGGUGUCCACCUUCUCCCCCGAACCCCCAGCCACCACCACCACCUCCUCUUCUUCCCCACUACGAGCCCGCGACCUGGAGACAGGCCGCGCCAAAGAGCUCGGCGCGCUGUCAGCCGCCAUGAUGACGGUCGACAACGGGUUCGAGAGCCAGUGGUGGUACCAGGGCCAGCGCGAGACGCAUCAUGAACACCACCCCGCACCGUUCACGCCGGACGAGAGCCCCGUUAUCCACCAUCACAGCCACCACCACCACUACCGCCGGUUGUCGGACCGGGACCACCACCCCAUGUCGGCCCUCUCGGAAACGUAUGCCUCGAGCUUCAUCAUGCCGCCUGAGACGCCCGUGCCGAUGGCCGCGGGCGUGGUCUCCCCCAUGACGGAAGCGGCGUUGAGCCCCGCCGCGCCGCGGAGUAUGUCGACGAGGUCGGAGGAGUUGUGGUUUCGGGAGGGGGGUCGGUAGGAACUAUCACGAUGUUGGGUGGGAGUCAUGUUAUCCUCUUUUUGAGGCGGGGCGUCUUGGAUGGCGGGGUGGGUGGGUUGGCGCUUUUGUUGGGUCUGGCGGGAUGAUAUCCACGUGUUGAGGCGGCGGCGAGGCGUGUGUUCUACUGGCAAUGAUGGGUCGGUUUCUACGACUGUGGAAUGGCUUUUCAUCUUUGCAUCUAAGCCGGUCUGGUCUAUGGAGUUUGAGGUUUGAAUUGCGCAUCUUUCAGGGUUGGAGGGUAUUCACCCAAAAGGCUCAUGAUGUAUAUAUACACUCUGAUGCCCAGGUUCUGGGCGUGAUACUCCAAGGCGUGGUAUACCCGUCCGCUGGGGAUGUAAUGAAUGAUACCAGUCCUUUCUCUUGCAG